AUGAAGCACCUCGUCGAUGAUGGUUCUCUGCAGCGCAACUGCAUCGUGCGCGUCGAGCAGUACUCGGCCAGCAAUGUCCAGACGCGACGCAUCCUCAUCCUCUUGACGCUCUCCGUCAUCCAGGCACCGCCAGCCGAAGGUCGCUUGGGAGAUCCAGUCAGCUAUGAAGGCGCUACCACGGGAGGCGCAGUCGGUGCCCCUGCCGCCGCUUCUGCUUCUGCGGCACCUGCUGCGAAUGGCGGUGGCGGCGGCUCGGCUGUCAAACGAGAGGUAAAGACGUACGCGCAGCAGCAACCUCAAGGCACCAUUCGAGCCGCACCGGCGAGGAGCGCACCGGCAUCCGGCAUGGCCAUCUACCCCAUCGAGGGUUUGUCGCCCUACCAGAACAAGUGGACCAUCAAGGCUCGCGUCACGUCCAAGUCGGAUAUCAAGCACUGGUCCAAUGCGCGCGGAGAUGGAAAGCUAUUUUCCGUCAAUCUCCUCGACGAGAGCGGAGAGAUUAAAGCUACCGGUUUCAACGACGCCGUCGACAAGUACUACCACGUGCUGCAGGACAACAAAGUGUACUUCAUCUCCAAGGCCAAGGUAAACAUCGCCAAGAAACAGUUCAGCAACCUCAACAACGAGUACGAGAUUACGUUUGAGCGCGACACGGAAAUUGAAGAGGUGAGUGGGAGUGUGUGUGUAUGCUGGCAUCCACGUGCGCGUGUUCUUGCUCACGCAUCGUGUCCCGCAGUGCACGGCUCCAGAGGGCGUGCCAGAAGUCAAGUACAAUUUCGUGUCCUUUGAUCAAUUGGAAACGGUCGAGCCAAACGAGACGUGCGACAUCAUCGCCGUCGUCGACGACGUCGGCGUGCUUGGCGAAAUCAUAUCCAAGGCCAGCCAAAAACCAGUGGCCAAGAGGGAGCUCAAAUUGGUGGAUCAGUCUGGCAGAUCGGUGCAGAUCACGCUCUGGGGCAAGACGGCAGAGACUUGGGGCACACCGCAAGGUCCCAAUGGUGGUCUAGGGCUCGGCAACGAGGAUAGGCCCAUCAUCGCUCUGAAGGGAGCCAAGGUGUCAGACUUUGGAGGUCGCAGUCUGAGCAUGUUUGCCAGCACCUCGCUCAUGGUCGAUCCAGAUCUGCCCGAAGCGCAUGGUCUGCGUGGCUGGUACGAUGAGGAGGGUAAACGCACCUCGGAGCACGGUGGAUUCAAGGCUUUUGCGAAUGGCCCAGCGGCAACGACGGCAGGCGGUGAUGCGGGUGCGAAUGCGCAGGAGAGGAGGACAAUCGCAGAGGUCAAGGAUCAAGGAUUGGGCAUGCAAUCCGAAAAGCCCGACUAUUUCAACACGAGGGCGACGGUGGUGUACAUCAAACAGGACAAUUUGUUCUACACUGCCUGUCCCUCUGACAAUUGCAACAAAAAGGUCACGCAAGAGAGCGAUGGAUCUUGGAGGUGCGAAAAGUGCGAUCGAGCUUAUCCCUCACCGCAGUACCGGUGAGUCUUUGCUAGCGUGCCGCCCUGCGUGCCCUGCGUGCCCCGCUGACAAGCUCGCCUUGCAGAUACAUUCUCGCGGCCAAUGUGCAAGACUAUUCGGGGCAAAUGUGGCUAAGCGGGUUCAAUGAUAUCGGAGAGCUCCUCAUCGGUCACACUGCCGAUGAGCUCAACGACAUCAAGGUGUGUCGACGUGACGAGAGAGAUGCACGUUGUGGAUGCUGACGGCGCGCGCACGCACUCACAGGAGCAAAACGAAUCGGAGUUCCACUCGAUCUUGCACCGCGCUUCCAACAGGCAGUAUAUCUUCAAUUGCCGUGCCAAGCAGGACACGUUCAAUGUGAGUUGCGGCGGCGCGAAGCGCGUCUUGUUCGCACGCUGAUGCUUGCGGGCGUUUUGCAGGACACGACUCGUGUGAGGUACACGGUCACGCGCGCAAAGGAACUUUCUAGUGCUGCAGAAUUUAGCAAGUUUGGUCUCGAGCUGGCCAACGCCAUCAAGUCCUUGAUGUGA